AUGUUGGAUGAAAUCCCUAUUGGAGACCAAUAUGUCUUCACUUCGUUGCGCUACGAUGGUUCGAUGAAGCGCAAUGCUCAAAAUCCCGUGUGUUGCCCGGACUCCAAGGCCGCAUAUCUCAUCAAGUAUCACUAUGAGCGUCUCGCUACUGCAGCCGAUCAUCUGGGUUGGUAUGAUACCAACAAAAGGAUGAAAGGUCCUAUCGAUCUGUUCAACCGCAUUCAGACCGCCGUGAAUGAACACAAGAAGAAGACUGGCAACAAAUGUCCAUUCAAGAUGGAGAUUGGAGUUGAGCCAAUCAUGGCCAAGAAGCAGCCACUUCUCUUCCCGACCACUUUGGACCUGGGCAAAUCGAGUCAGGAGGUGGCCUCUCAGACUCCAAUCUUCAAAGCCGUGCUGGAUGUUCUACCUACCCGAACUACGACCUUCACCCGUGACAAGACUCAUUACCGGACAAUGUACAACUACGCUAGGCAAUGCGCUUCAAUCCAAUCGUAUCAGGACGCCAAGGAAGUCAUUCUGUUCAACCGCGACAACCAAGUCAUGGAUGGAUCCAUCACGACUCCUUACUUCUACCGCGAUGGCAAAUGGGUGACUCCGCAUAAAGACUGUGGAGGCCAACAAGGAACCACUCGACGCUGGGCCAUCGACCAAGGCAUCUGCCAUGCCGGCAUCAUCGACAUUGCUUCAAUCAAGCACGACGAGAUUAUCUGGCUCAGCAACGGCGUCAAAGGUUUCUUCACUGCUCGCUUUGUCGCCUGCAGCGAUCGCCUUGCUCGCACACCCAGCUACGAGUCGCGCAUCUCCCAAGUAUCCCGCAGCGACAGCGGGAUCGAGGAGAAGUCUAUUCGUUGCCACGAGGACGAGUCUGCGGAAGACGACAUUGAGCCAGGACGUCAAAAGUAUGCUCCUGAGCCUGGUGCCGACGACUUCAGAAACUCUGCUUUCAACCUUGACGUCUUUGAGCGCGCAUUGAAGCUGUAA